CUCAAAUCACCAGAUCCAAACCAAUAAUGCUAUAAAACAAGUACACCCUCCCUGCCCAAAUAGAACUGCUUUCUUGAUCAAACUUCCCAUUUGCUUUCUGGUUCACCAAGUGUGAAGAAGGAUGGAGCACACACAAGAGGAUGGAGCUGUUGAAGAGACGAACAUGGCAGCCUGGCUUUCAGGAAUCAAGAAACUUCAAAUUCGACCUUACCAUCUCCCUCCUUUAGGCCCUAAUGAUGUUAAAGUCCAGAUCAAGGCUCUUGGAAUUUGUGGGAGCGAUGUGCAUCAUUUCAAGAACAUGAGGGUUGCAAAUUUCAUAGUUAAAAAGCCUAUGGUAAUUGGUCACGAGUGUGCUGGUAUCAUCAAAGAUGUUGGAUCCAGCGUCAAGUCUCUAGCAGUUGGUGAUCGAGUAGCCUUAGAACCCGGUAUUAGUUGCAACACUUGUAAUCUUUGCAAAAAUGGAACCUAUAACUUGUGUCCAAAGAUGAAAUUCUUUGGCUCUCCGCCAACCAAUGGCUCUCUUGCGAAUCAGGUUGUUCAUCCUGCAAAUCUAGUCUACAAGUUACCUGAUAAUGUGAGUUUGGAAGAAGGGGCCAUGUGCGAGCCACUUAGUGUUGCAGUCCAUGCUUGUCGUCGAGCCGAUGUCACACCAGAUACCAAAGUCUUGAUCUUUGGAGCUGGGCCCAUAGGCCUGUUAACGAUGCUGGCUGCCCGUACAUUUGGAUCCCCUAAAAUCAUCGUUGCUGAUGUGGAUGAUUCCCGACUAUCAUUUGCAAAGCACCUAGGUGCAGAUGCCAUCAUUCAAGUCUCCACGAACAUCCAGGAUAUAGAUGAAGAAGUAGCCAAGAUUCACAAACUCAUGGGUGACGGUGUGGAUAUUAGCUUUGAUUGUGUUGGCUUUAACAAAACCAUGUCUACGGCUUUAACUGCCACUCGGUCUGGUGGUAAAGUAUGCCUUGUGGGAUUAGGACCAAGUCCAAUGACCAUCCCUUUGGUUCCUGCAGCUGCAAGGGAAGUUGAUGUUAUCGGGAUAUUCAGAUAUAGGAACACAUGGCCAAUCUGCAUUGAGCUUCUCAGGACCGGAAAGAUUGAUGUAAAACCACUUAUAACUCACAGAUACAAGUUUACGCAAGAAGAUGUUGAGAAAGCAUUUGAAACAAGUGCUCAGGGUGGUGAUGCCAUCAAGGUUAUGUUUAACCUCUGAAAUAAUGCAGGCUAAUGAACAAUAUACAGAUUGGGAGUGGAUAAAUAAAAAAUACGAGAUCCAUCUGUAUGCUACAAUCUUAGUCAAGACAAUUAGGCAAGAUGUAUUAGCACUUGAGAAUUAGGAUGUAUUUCCAAUGAACAAUUAAUCCACUUAUGCGAAUCAGUCCAGUCGAGGUCAAACUAA